AUGGAAAACUGGGUCCAAUUACUGCCGUCGCGGCAAUACACAAGUUUAUGGAUUGUGAAGUGGGCUUCAGGUCUCCAUCCACACGGCAUAAUUGCGUUGAACAGCAGAGAUUCAAAUGGGUGGCACUACUGCCAGGAGCCCAGUAAUUCGAGAAGGAACUAG